CUACCUACCUCCUACCUACUGUAAUAUUAAGUAUUGGUGCGACCCUCAACAUCACGUUAAUUAAAAUUUCCAACCAAAUCCGGGGAAACUAAGAAGUACUACUAUCAUUCUACAAAGCUCUAGAUCUUCGAAUUUAGUCUUCGACUUGCGGGCUACCCGUCCCUCAUCUAGGUCGAUACGAGACCUAAGGAAUGCAGCCAGUAAUGAAUAUUAAAUACCUGGGGCUUCACUACUAUCUUUACAACUUGGCCCCUCCACUAUGGCUGCGAGCUAUAUAUUGAUAAGGGAGAAGCCAAGGUAGAGUUGAUUAGCUGACUGACACAUUUACCCGUACCCGGCGAGAGUGGAUAGUAUUCUAUUUACACCUUGGCUCAUGCAAUGCCGAAAUAUCUUCGGUACGAAGAUCACCAUGGUGUACCUACACCCCAUUCCUAGAAGCGGAGCGGAGCCUGGAUUAUGCAAUGGUGCUGAUAUAAUAUGUGUUGCAUAUUUCUUAAACUUCUCGCGCGUCGCAUGAUUUUCUCGUGCGGCGUUCUGACUUCAUUUCUUGAUGCUGAGAGGUCGUUAAGAUGAAGCUGUUCUCUUUCGUUGCCUUGGCGGGCCUGACUGUGCUAGAGGUCCUUGCCGCGCCACCUUUCCAUAAUUCCGGCUCCUCAAGGCCGAGACGCAGUAUUCCAGACACUCAUAUUCAACAUGAGAAAAGAACAGAAGUGCAAGCAAGGUCUUGGGCCAAAGUACAAAGGGCGGUUCCCGAGGCUAUCUUACCUAUGCGCGUAGGCCUGAAGCAGCGGAAUCUUCAAUCAGGACAUGAUUUGUUGAUGGACAUCUCAAAUCCCAAAUCAAAGAACUAUGGUAAACAUCUCUCAGCAGAAGAGGUCGUUAAAUUCUUUGAGCCGGCCGAGGCAGGGUUCAAAGCAAUUAAAGAUUGGCUUGUCGAGGCAGGCAUCCCCUCGCGUAACAUUUCGCAAUCUAGCAAUAAACAAUGGGUACAAUUUGAUGCUUCUGUCGAUGAGGUAGAAAAACUAUUAAUGGCAGACUACCACGUGUGGGAACAUGUUAGUACCGGUGUUAAGGAUAUUGCCUGCGACGAAUACCAUGUGCCGAAGCAAGUGAAAGAGCAUAUCGAUUAUAUUACCCCCGGCAUCAAGCUGAUGGGUCACGGCAACACGCAACAACCCCUAUCGAAGAAACGAGGUGAAGUGGGCGUAGGCAGUCAUCUUCGCUUUAGCGAAAGAGUUUCUGAGAGCGAGCUCGCAAAGUCCAUGAGCGAAAGGAGUAGGAAUGCUGCAUCCUCGAAAAAAGCCAUGGGUCCCGGUGUAACAGGAUUCGCUGAGCCCGUGGGGACGGCGCAUAUCGAGAGCGGCAACUUCACGUUGCCGGGUGGCUGUGACCAAUAUGUCACCCCAGAUUGUAUUAGGGCGCUUUACGGCAUCCCGAAAGGGACCAAGAAACAUCCAGACAACCGAAUGGGAAUAUUCCAGUCGCUGGGGCAACAUUACACCCAAUACGACCUCGACAAGUUUUUCUGGAGCUUCUCAGACGACAUCCCCAACGGAACCCAACCCGAGCUGUUCUCCGUAGACGGCGGCCAAGGCCCCACCACAAGCCUCCGAAUGGCCGGGUCCGAGGCAAACCUCGAUUUCCAAAUGGCGUACGGGCUGAUCUACCCGCAAGACACCGUGCUGUACCAAGUCGACGACGAAUGGUACCAGAACAUCUACCAAACCGACCCAGCCGCCUACACCGGGUUCUUCAACAACCUCUGGAACGCAAUCGACGGCAGCUACUGCACCUUCACCGCCUACGGCGAAACCGGGAACUGCAAGCGACCCGAGUGUCGCGACCCCGAAUACCCCAACCCGCACGACCGCGGCGGGUUCGCCGGCCAGCUCAUGUGCGGGGAGUAUCCCGCGACGAACGUCAUCAGCAUCUCGUACAGCGGCGCCGAAGUGGACCUGCCUGAAUCGUACCAGCAGCGGCAGUGCGCGGAGAUCAUGAAGCUAGGACUGCAGGGGACCACGGUUGUCAUCUCGUCUGGUGAUGAUGGGGUAGGUGGGUUUUCGUCGCCCGCGGCACCGUCGGGGUGUUUAGGGCCGGAGAGAGAUGUUUUUAAUCCGCAGUUUCUGGCGUCGUGUCCGUAUAUCCUGACCGUAGGGUCAACUGUCCUGCAGACCAACGGCACGCCGGGCGUGGAUGCGGAGGAGGCGACGGAUCGGUUUAGAUCCGGCGGCGGGUUUUCGAAUAUUUACGAGGCGCCGGAGUGGCAGAAGGGGGUCGUGGAUGGGUACCUUGGUAAAGCGAAUUUGUCGUUUGAGGGGUAUGAGGGGGGAGGAGGGAAUUAUACGAAUCCGCGGGCGGGGAUAGGUAGGUAUAAUAAGUUGGGCAGGGGAUACCCGGAUGUGGCGGCGAAUGGUGAUCAUUUUGUUAUUUCGAGCGGCGGGGAGUUACUCAGGAUUGGGGGGACGUCGGCGUCGGCGCCGCUUUGGGGCGCGGUUAUUACGCUGGUUAAUGAGGAGAGGUAUGCGGUUGGGAAGGGGCCUGUUGGGUUUGUGCAUCAGGUUUUGUACUCUCACCCGGAGGUCUUUAAGGAUAUCACGAAGGGGGAUAAUAGAGCGUGUAAGACGACUGGGUUUCCGGCGAUCGAGGGCUGGGAUCCUGUUACUGGAAUGGGUGUUCCGGACUAUCCCAAGCUGCUGGAACUCUUCUUGAGUCUGCCGUAGAAACCGAGACUGGUCUCAUUUGGAACUGGGUGGCUUCAAGUAGCUAAGAGAUGUCAUGGUAUUUUUGCUCUUUCG